AAAUUUUGACCUUUCGUGUGGAAAUUUACUCAGGUUCCAAAGUAGUUUACGACAGUUUUAUAGUUCUGACAUUCCAAGGAGGAACUUCCUUGGUAAUCUCAUGGAAAAAAUUAAAGAGGAAUUUGAAAGGAAUAAGGAAUUGCAGGAGAAUAAGAAGGAGUUGGAUAGACGUUUGAAGGAAUUAAAUGACAGUGAAGCCUUGAAAGAUGCGCGUAAAAAAUUUGAAAUUGUUGAGAAAGAAACGUUGAAAAGUACAGAAGUUAUUCAAGCCAAAUUGACUGAGGCGAAGGAAGCAAUUUCAAAGAUGAUAGCCGAAAUUCAAAAGACUGAGGCGGGCAAGAAAUUGUCGGCAGCAGCAGAAGAGGCUCUUAAACAAGCAAGAGUUGCGGCAGAAACAAUUGAGCGGGCUGCGGAGCAAAUUGGAGAUACGCAGGUCUACCAAACCGUUAGCUCUUCUAUGAAAGUUGUUAAAGAUGAAAUUGACAACAUUGUCGAUGUCCGAAUGUAUUCACGCCCUGGUUUGUUUAAUAUGUUACCGAACUUUUCCCUUCCAGUUGUUUCUGGUGCUUUUAGCGAUGCAUCUGAUAUUCAGCUUCACAAAGAGUCAAGGUGGAACGCUGCUUGGAAAGAAUUUUCAGAAAAAAACGUUUAUUUUAAUAAGCUUUUGGAUUGGAAAAUUCGUUAUGAUGAAAGUGAGAAUGUAGCAAUUCGCUUAAUGCGAGGAGUCACUGACCGCAUAGCAUCCGUAUUUUCACCAAGAAAUGAGGUUGCUGAAGUACUCACAGAAAUUGCUAAAGUUGAUCCUACUUUCGAGAAAUCGGAGUGGUUGCGGUUUUGCGAGAAGGAAGUGAUUCCUAAUAUUCUUGAGGCUUUUAUUCGUGAAGACCUGGAAGUUCUACAGGACUGGUGUCACGAAAGGGCAUUUAACCAGUUAUCAGUUGUUGUAAAAGAAUAUAAGAAGAUUGGCUUUACUACGAAAGAUUCACGUGUUAUCGAUAUAAGCAAAGUAGAGAUGGUAUCCGGUAAAAUGAUGGAGCAAGGACCUGUGAUUAUCAUCACGUUCCAAGCAUUUAUGGUUAAUGUCGUCAAAAAUCAGGAAGGAAAGGUUGUUGAGGGGAAUCCAGUAUGUCUUUUCGCUAAAAUUUGUUUAUUAGUCACCGUUUUUUGUCCAGAUAUGGAAGAAUAUAAUCCUGCUGUUGCUUGGAAACUGCUUGAGGUACAUAUGCAAGAAACGCCUCUUUCAAUCUGA